AUGUUCAUGGAAUUUCAGUUUCUUUCAUCCAGCCCUUUGAGCAACGAUGGAUCUAUUGAGAAGCAUACCAUUCCUCCAGUAUCAAUGGUGGUAUGCCCUGGACAAUGCUCUCAGUUGUUCGAAACCAGAGACGUAUUAACAGAUCCUGUACCCCAAAAUGCCAUCUACAAUAAUCGACAAAGCUCACGCUUCGAUGGUCUUCACGGUUACUAUCGCUUAUGA